AUGGCCUCCAACAACAAAACUUCACGCGACCCUAUCGUCUCCUCCGCCCACACCCUCAUCCCGCCUAUUCCUCGUCGCCGGAAACAUCGAAACCCCGGCAUUGCCGUCGCGUUCCGCCUCAGUAAGAAACACUCUGGAGGUAAUAACACUUCACCUGUCAAUUUUUGGGAAGGUUUACAGAAAAAUGAGAUUUCAGCGAGGAAGCUCGCUGCAGAGUGGUGGCAGUGGCUGUUUAUGAGCGGUGACGUAUUUCCAUGUGCACCAUCAUCCAUGCCUUCGUCCAAGUAUCAGGCGUAUAUAACAUGUUUGGAUUCAUGCAUGGGAUUCACAGCAGCAAGUAGCAACUCUUCUGAGUUGACGCACAGUAGUAGUUUUGAUUUGAUUGGUACUCUAGAGCUUAUCAAGACAAGAUCCUGUGACUUGAUUCAUGGCAAGGAUUGGGUUAUCGUUGUCAGUUCUCAAAUGAGUCUUGCUAACGGGAACCUAAAGACAAUUUGUCCUCAUAGUCACAUUUCUGGAGAAAAGCUUAAAGAGAGAAAAGAUCAGCAAAUGAAGUCAAUAACCAUUUUGCGUUCAAGAAAUGGACUCCGACGGGAGCUUGAAUCUUCAAUGCAAUGUCUCAAGUGUUCAAAAGAAGAGGCAACAAAAUGGAACCCUGCUCUUAAGAAUGAAGAAUUCGACAAGUUUACAAUGAUUCAUGGCAUGAAGAAUAACGACGACAAAAAAAUUGAAGAUGACCGUUACUUUGGAAUCACUAAUUUCUUAGAAUUCUUACGCGCUCAGAGGACCAUAAAUGAACUUAAAGCUACACAGAAGUCCUCUAAGAAAAUAGUGAAAGAAUUGUUGCAGAAUCUUGAAGACGAAAAGGUCUUCCAAAAGUGUAGAGAAUGCAAGAAGAUUGAAUCAGUUUUAGACGACUUAAAAGACAAGUUGUCAAGGGAAAAAAAAAGUAGAGAAAGGAUGGAGUUAUUCAAUGCCAAAUUGGUCCAUGAACUGGCUAAAACCAAGUUAUCUUCCAAGCAGUAUAUGACAAACUACAGAAAAGAAAAGAAAGAAAGAAAAAUGAUAGAGGAAGUGUGUAAUGAAUUAGCCAUGCAAGUGAGGGAAGACACGGCUAAGCUUGAGAGAUUGCUAAGCGAUUCCGUGAAGAUUUGCAAGGAAGUGGAAGAGGAGAGAGAGAUGAUGGAAAUGGCUGAGCUAUGGCGUGAAGAGCGUGUACAAAUGAAGCUAGCUGAUGCACAGUUUUUACUUGAAGACAAAUAUAAUCUGAUGGUCCAGUUGAUUGAUUUUCUCCAAGAGUUCUUGAGAUCAAGGGGUGCAGAAAUAGACACCACUGAACUAGAGGAUGCUCAGUUGAUCAAACAGGUAGUUGAAUCAGUAAGUAUUAAACGCAUUGUGGAGCUAUCAUACGAUUUCUCAAAGUCAGAUGUUACAUUUUCCACUUUCGAGGAGCUAAUUAAUAAAGACAACACCGAAGAGGGGAUGACCAAACCAGGUUCCUAUACCACAUUUACUAGCCCCUUGUCCAACAGACACACUGAAAGUCUUGAUGAAGAAGUGUUGAAUAAAAGUCCUAAACAUCAUACAAGUCCCUCCAGUGAAUAUAAUAUUGGAUUACAACUAACUAAUUCGUUAGAAGCCAUUGGUUAUAUUGAGGAUCAGAAGUUUAGCUCAAUGGCACAAAGAGGAGACAUCUAUUCUGUUCAUCUUAACCAAGACAAGAAUAUAUUAGGAAGUGAAGCAGAAUGUAGUCAAAAGGCAUGUUUGGAAUCUUUGAAGGCAGGAGUUAAUGGGGUAUGCUCAGCAUCCGUAGGAAGCUUAAAGAGAAAAGCUUUUGUUACCACUAAACAACUAAGGUCAUGCCUCAAUGGUGGAAAAACGAUUUCUUCUUCAAAAUGUUCUCAACAUAAAAGGGUAGGUGAUGGUUGGCACAAACAAAAGGAGUGUAACCAUAGUCUUCCAAUCAGCCCAACUCAGAAUGCAGCGACCACUUCUCAGUGUCAAGGUUCUUUUGAAGGUAGCUUCCAACACUCGGAGCUGUUGGAACAAGGAAACUCUGCAUACAGUAACAUGAACCCACACAUACUCCGUGGGAUGAGAGGGUGCACAGAAUGGCCACGAGGUAUUCCAAAAUCUAAUUUCAAUGUCACCUCUUCUGGAAGCACUGAGAAGCCGAAGUCUCGAUCCACCAAAGUUAGGUGUCCUCUUUCAAUCACUUCAAAGUUAGGUGAGCAGUGA